AUGAUUCCGCCGCACGACUCGCUCGUCAAGUACGACAACCCGAUCCUCGUGAGCACGACGAAGGAGAAGGGCGGCAAGAAGAAGAAGACGACGCCGAGCAGCCUCCCGCCCGUCGAGCGCGCGAACACGCAGACGGAGGACAUCCUGAACUCGAUCCUGCCGCCGCGGGAGUGGACGGAGGACGGCACGCUCUGGGUCCAGUACGUGAGCAGCACGCCGGCGACGCGCCUCGACGUCAUCAACCUGCAGGAGCAGCUCGACCGCAAGCUGCAGCAGCGGCAGGCGCGCGAGACGGGCAUCUGCCCCAUCCGCGAGGAGCUCUACGCCCAGUGCUUCGACGAGGUCAUCCGCCAGGUGACCAUCAACUGCGCCGAGCGCGGCCUGCUGCUGCUCCGCGUCCGCGACGAGAUCCGCAUGACGAUCGCAGCGUACCAGACCUUGUACGAGUCGUCCAUCGCCUUCGGCAUGCGCAAGGCCCUCAUGGCCGAGCACCGCAAGGCCGAGAUGCAGAACAAGGUCAAGCUCCUCGAGGGGGAGAAGGAGGACCUCGAGCGCCAGGUCUCCGAGCUCACGGAGCGGUGCAAGCUCAUCAAGGAGCGCGAGGAGGAGCGCCGCAAGGCCGACGCCGCCAAGCACGAGGAGGAGGUCACGAAGUACAAGAAGAUCAACGAGCAGCUCAAGACGAACCUCGAGGCCAUGCUCUCCGCGCCCCAGCGCUCCUAG